AUGCUUAUCAAAGUCCGAACUCUCACUGGCAAGGAAAUCGAACUCGACGUAGAGGCUGACAACAAGAUCGAGAGAGUUAAGGAAAAGGUCGAGGAGAAAGAAGGCAUUCCACCCGUUCAACAGCGUUUAAUUUACGGCGGCAAGCAAAUGGCCGACGACAAGCUAGUACAAGACUACGAUCUCGAACCCGGAGCGACAUUACAUUUAGUUCUCGCUCUUCGCGGUGGCAUUUAA